AUGUCUUCGCUCACACCGGACGCUGACUCGCCGUGGGACGACGACGAUCUGUCGACUGCUCGCCCGUCUGAAAGCGCUGUCGCCGACGCGGAUUGGGCCCGCCUCGAGUCCAACUUCGUCAACGCUGGCUACCGCGAGGGCAUCACCGCCGGAAAAGAAUCGGCCCUGCAAGAAGGCUUUGACGCUGGAUUCGCGCAGGUCGGCGUGCCUCUUGGCCGUCAGGUCGGCCUCUUACGAGGACGUGCGGCGGCGCUGCUGAGCUUUCUGAGCGUGUCUGGGACCUCGGAUAGCGAACAUCUGCACGCGGCGCGCGACAUCGCGAACAAGCUCGGGAGCAUCCGCUUUUCGGAUAUUGCGCCGCGUGAUCUCGAGGCGGAGCAGCACGCGAAGGAACAUCUCGAUUCUUACAAGGGAAGCGCGGACGCGGAUACGGACCUCGGGGAGAAUGAAGAGCUGGCGGAUAAGCGGGCGAUGGAAGGGUUGGAGGACCUGAUGGCGAACAUGUCCUCGGCAAGGCCUGCAGCCAGCUCUGGUCGUCCCAGCCUCGAAGACCUCCCCCAAUUGGAGAAACAAUUGGACGACCUGUGUUUGCAUCUCGGAAUCCCUCCUAGGAGUUGAAGUCCGUUUUGAACCUCGUGGUGCUACUGGAGCACGUCCGUUUCAAGCUGCCUUCAAGCCCAAAGCAGCUUGUUCAGAUUCGCCCAUGAGCAACUUGCUAUUCACGUUGAAAGAAUGCGUCACAAAGAGGGCGAUGGUCGUGGGCAUUCCCGCACAUCACUGCACAUCAUUGCAACAGUGCAGAAAACCCGAUGGCGGCCUCUGGCAACGGUUGCUGGAAACACCAUCCGUAUGCUAGGUCAGGCGUACCAUUUGUCCGCGAUGUCCUACAUGGAUACAUCAUACGUAUACAGAGUUUGUGGUUUCCAGCUCUCGCCGAACUUAAAGGUACUCGUGUUUGCCCACCUUCAAUACCAUUUUCGUCACGGUUUC